AUGGUAUUUAUUGCUAAAAUUUUCGUUUUGGCAUUAACUGCUGCUGCCACGCCUAUCCUUCCCCGCGAUGCUGCUACGGUUGAGAACGAUAUAACGCAAAAAAUCGGCCCGCAAGUCCAAACCCUUGACAACGACGUCAAGGGUUUCCCCGCUAGUGGUUUAGCAGGAGCACUUGCGAUUGACAACGAUUCCCAAUCUCUCGUUGCUACCGUAAAUAAUGCGACUAUCGAUACCCAGAACACUGGCUCCUUUAGUGAGUCAGAUGCGACCUCUGUUCUUCAGGCCGCCUACAACGUACUCUCUACAUUUUUGGGUACAUUGUCUGCUAUUACGGAUCAAACAGCUGCUUGGGCAGAUUUUCCGGGGGCCAAGCUCUAG